AUGGCGGAAGACAUCGAGAAAGUGGUGCCACUGCUGAUAUUAUUUGGGAUUUUGUGUGCUUUCUGCUCAGCUGAUGACUGUGUUGAUGGGAAGUUUGGAUGGAAGUGUAGAUUUACUUGCCGGUGUAAAAAUGAUGAUGUUUGUAACAAGAUUACAGGGGAGUGCCCGAAUGGUUGUCAAGAUGAAUACUAUGGUUCCAGCUGUCUGUUUGAAAAUGACUACAAAUAUACUGCAGACGGGAAGAACUACCAAGGUAACAUAGGAACUUUUUUCAAAGACGGAACUUUGCAUCAAUGUCAGGAUUGGAACAACUCCAUAGCGACUGCAUUGUUGGGAUUAUCUGGCAAGAAUUUCCCAGAUAAGGUAUUUCCAGGUCCCUACUGUCGUUUUCCUACUGGUGAUUCCAGACUUGAUACUUUUAACGGCAUACCAACGGAUCCAUGGUGUAGCUACGACUGGGAUUCAUUAAAAUUUGCUUCAUGUGGAAUAACAAGAAAGGAAGCAUGUGAGGUAGGGAGAUAUGGUCCCAACUGUUUGUAUGAGUGUCACUGUGCUGAUAUUACGUCAGACUGUAACCAGAAGACGGGGAAAUGUACCAGUGGCUGUCAUCCAGGCUGGAUUGGUGAACCAGGAUGUCAGACAAAAUGCCCUCCUGGAAAGUAUGGGUUGAUGUGUAAGGAAGACUGUGGCAACUGUAAAAAAGAUUUAUGUGACUUCGAAUCUGGGGUAUGUUCUGAGGGAUGCGAGGCUGGUUACCAUGGCGAUACUUGCAAACAAGAGUGCAGCCCUGGUACCUAUGGUGAAAACUGUCUGAGUACCUGUGGUAACUGUUUGGAUGGUAUGUCAUGUGACAAGCUAUCUGGCCAAUGUCUAAGUGGGUGUUCAGAGGGAUACUUGGGGGUGUUCUGUCAGACAGGCUGUUCUAGUGGCACUUAUGGCAUGAACUGCUCCAAGAAUUGUGGGAAGUGUAAGGAUGAGUCAUAUUGUCACCAUGUGGACGGGAGAUGUGUGUUGGGCUGUAGCCCUGGAUGGACCAGCUAUCUCUGCGACCAGGGUUGUGAUGAAGGCCUGUAUGGUCAGAACUGUUCCAACACCUGUGGCAGUUGUAAAGAUGAAGAACCAUGUGACAUAGAGACCGGAGAGUGUGUGACAGGGUGUGCCCCAGGAUAUACAGGCAGUAUUUGUGCCCAAGUGAUGAUCAAUAGUGCUGGUGCUAAUGCUGGUGCCACUGGUGGGGUUGUCGCAGGAACCAUCAUCUUCCUUGUGAUCAUAGCUAUCAUAGUAUUUAUUGUGUACAGAAAAAGGAAGUUUAACAAGACUUUGGAAGUCCAACAGAAAGAAAAGACCAACAAACUACCUGUUGAAGAAGAUCCCAUUGAGAGUACUAGGGAAACCGAUCAGCUGCUACGUGCAAAUGGUGUGGCGAGUUUGGAGCCAGAACGCAGUGAGGAGGAACCUAUAUAUGCCAAUGUAAACACACACAAACAGAGCAUGCCUGUCAAAGUUCAAGAUCUAUAUGACUACAUCAAACUUAACAAAGCACAGGAAUGUGACGGCUUCAAAAAAGAAUUUGCUGAACUUCCCCAUGGCUUGAUGGCUUUGUGUGAGGCAGCAAAGAAACCAGAAAAUAGGCCAAAAAACAGAUAUGGCAACAUCAUUGCAUACGAUCACUCCAGAGUGUUACUGGACCCUGGGGAGGAAUAUGCAGAUGAGGUCGGAGCUGAUUACAUCAAUGCUAAUUAUAUUGAUGGUUAUACAAGGGCAAGUGCAUAUAUAGCAUCACAGGGGGCAACAAAAGUGAUGUUAAGAGACUUUUGGAGAAUGGUAUGGCAGAAAAAGACCUGUAAAAUUGUCAUGCUCACCAAUGUCAUGGAAGCGUGCAAGAAAAAGUGUGAACAGUACUGGCCCGACAGUGGCAGUAUGAAGUAUGGGAGUAUUAAUGUGGAGAUCCUCGAUACAGCCGUGUUUACUGAUUUUACCAUCCGCACAUUUAAUGUCUCGCUGAACGAGGCUAGUCGGACUGUGAAACAGUUUCACUUCACAUCAUGGUCGGACCAUGGAGCACUGACCUAUCCUACACCGCUGCUUACAUUCAAGCGUAAGGUUGAAACAUACACACCAGAAAGUACUGCUCCAAUCGUCGUACACUGCAGUGCUGGUAUCGGACGGUCAGGGACAUACAUUGCCCUGGACUAUCUGAUGUACCAGGCUAAAGCUGAGGGAGUAGUGGAUGUGUUGAGAUGUGCCCAACUCAUGAGAUGUAACAGGAUAAACAUGAUUCAGACCUGGGAGCAGUAUGUGUUUGUGUAUGAAGCACUGUUAGAGGCUCUGAAGGCUGGAGAUACUACAAUACCAAACGACCAAUACAGACGGAAGUAUGAGGAAAUGUCCACCCUUAAGCCAGACCAACUUACAACUCCCCUGGAGGAUCAGUUCCAGGCAGUGCAGGAAGUCACCCAUACCAUGGAUACAGAUGAAUAUAAAGCAGCUAUGUUACCAGAAAACCUUGGUAAAAAUAGAGUCAAGAAUAUUUUACCAGCUAAUCGAUGCCGACCACACCUGUACACCCAAGUGGAGGGCUGUAAUGACUACAUCAAUGCCAUAUUUUUAUCUGGCUACACUCAUCGAGAUGCAUUUAUCGUGACACAGAUGCCUCUACCUAAUACAGUAGCUGACUUCUGGAGAAUGUUGUAUGAUUACAACUCCAACACUGUCGUCAUGUUGAAUGACUUUGACAGAAAUGACCAGACAUGUGCCCUAUACUGGCCAGAGGAACAUGGCUACACUGUGGAGUAUGAUCCUCUAAGUAUCGAACUACUGUCUUCCAGGGAGGUAGAUCCUAACGUUUCUGAACGCAUUUUCAAAGUAUGCAACCACAUGAAGGGAGAAGCCCGUGCAAUCAAACAAUUUCAGCUGAGGUCUUGGUCCGACUCUGAUAAAGUGCCAGACACUGCAGCUCUUGUCCAGCUUUUGGAUAUGGUUUGUGAUUGGUUGAAACAGAGUGGUAAAGGACCAAUCACAGUUCACUGCAUGAAUGGGGCCAGUAAGAGCGGUGUGUUCUGUGCUGUGAGUCUUCUACUAGAGCGGAUGCAACGUGACCAUGAGGUGGAUGUAUUCCAGACUGUGAUGGCCAUACGUACUAAUCGACCACAGUUCAUAGAGGACCUGGAGCAGUACAAUUUCUGUUACAAGAUGGCAUUGGAGUACAUAGACACCCAAUGAAGUUAAGAUGUCAUGUAUAUUUACAACAUCUUUCCAUGUGCAAUUCAACUCCUGCUAAACAGAAGUUCAACAUUUGACUGAAUUCCAAGAAUCGGAAAGAAAUCAACUCUGAUGAUUGUAUGAAAUCAUCUUCAA